GAGAGACACACAUCUGGGUUUAACGACGUUAGGUCGGAGCCAAUUUGAUUCCACCACCACGAGCUUCCUAAUCUAGCUUUAAUGGCGUUUCAUGGAAUCAGAGAAGUUGAAAACUAUUUUAUACCUUUUCUACAGCGAGUCAAAAGCCGCAAUGAAUGGAAGAAGAUCAAUGCCUCCAUCAUCAUACAUGGAUUAUCACAAAGCAGCUUCAUGGUCACUAAAAUGGUGGAUUUUUGUGAUAAGAUUGAAGAUAUGGAUUAUGCAACUCGUCUUUUUAACCAAAAUCUACAAGCAACUGCUCAGGAAGAGCUUUGAGUUACCAGAUCGGUUCACUUUCCCGUUUAUGUUUAAAUCUUGUGCGAGUCUUGGAUCAUGUUAUUUAGGGAAGCAAGUUCAUGGUCAUCUCUGCAAAUUCGGGCCUAGGUUCCAUGUUGUGACUGAGAAUGCAUUGAUUGAUAUGUACAUGAAGUUUGAUGAUCUUGUUGAUGCACAUAAAGUGUUUGAUGAAAUGUAUGAGAGAGAUGUUAUAUCUUGGAAUAGUUUGCUUUCUGGAUAUGCAAGGCUUGGGCAGAUGAAGAAAGCAAAAGGCUUGUUUCAUUUGAUGCUAGAUAAAACUAUUGUAUCUUGGACUGCGAUGAUCUCUGGGUAUACUGGGAUUGGUUGUUAUGUAGAGGCUAUGGAUUUCUUCCGUGAAAUGCAGUUAGCUGGUAUUGAGCCUGAUGAGAUCAGUCUCAUUUCUGUUUUACCGUCGUGUGCGCAGCUCGGAUCUCUAGAGCUUGGGAAAUGGAUCCAUCUAUAUGCAGAGAGAAGAGGGUUUCUGAAACAAACUGGUGUUUGCAAUGCUCUUAUUGAAAUGUACUCGAAAUGUGGUGUGAUUAGUCAAGCUAUCCAAUUGUUUGGCCAAAUGGAAGGGAAAGAUGUUAUAUCAUGGAGUACGAUGAUCUCUGGGUAUGCAUAUCACGGGAACGCUCACGGAGCAAUCGAAACAUUCAAUGAAAUGCAGAGAGCGAAGGUGAAGCCUAACGGGAUCACAUUUCUUGGUCUUUUAUCAGCUUGUUCACAUGUUGGUAUGUGGCAAGAAGGGUUGAGGUAUUUUGAUAUGAUGAGACAAGAUUAUCAAAUAGAACCUAAGAUCGAACACUAUGGCUGUUUGAUUGAUGUUUUGGCAAGAGCAGGAAAACUAGAACGAGCUGUUGAAAUAACAAAGACAAUGCCGAUGAAACCCGACUCGAAGAUAUGGGGUUCAUUGUUGAGCUCUUGCAGAACACCAGGCAAUCUUGAUGUUGCUCUGGUUGCAAUGGAUCAUCUUGUGGAGCUAGAGCCGGAGGAUAUGGGAAAUUAUGUUUUGCUUGCCAAUAUUUACGCAGAUUUGGGAAAAUGGGAGGAUGUUUCGAGAUUGAGAAAGAUGAUAAGGAACGAAAAUAUGAAGAAAACGCCAGGUGGUAGUUUGAUAGAAGUGAACAACAUUGUUCAGGAAUUCGUUUCAGGAGAUAACAGUAAACCUUUUUGGACUGAGAUAUCUAUAGUGCUGCAGUUGUUUACUUCACAUCAAGAUCAGGAUGUGAUUACAAACAACAAUGCUCUUGCAUUUAUAGGCAUAGUUUAGAAGCGUUUGGAUUAUAGAAGAAGUAGCAAACUUAUUAGGCGUCUUCAAUCAUACAUAUGUUACAAAUCGAUCAGAAAUAUACAACAGUAUUUAAUUAUACAUACGUUACAAAUCGAUCAUAAAGGUCACAACAGUACUCAUUCAUACAUAUGCUACAAAUCGAUCAGAAAGGCCACAACAGUAUUUAAUCACAAUAUAUAGGAGCUUUGAUACUUCCUCUCGUAUUCUACAUUGUUUUGUCUGGACUGGGCUGAUUUUAACUGGACUGGGCUGAUUUUAACUCCAUUCAUCCGAGAAGUUUCUUCAAUCCUGUCUUCUGCUCUGAGGUUAA